AUGUCGAACGAUCCGUCCGUACGGAGGCUGUUGCCUCAGAACUCGCACCUCGGCCAAUUUGCAUAUGCGCCGCAGCAGUACCAACAACCGCGCGAGACUCAGAAGAAUUAUGUAUUCGUGGAUGAGCACAACCGGCAUAAGCGAUUGAAAGUCAUGAGAGCAUGUGAGGGGUGCAGGAGAAGGAAGAUCAAAUGCGACGCUGCCACGACAAACACAUGGCCCUGCUCUGCCUGCAUUCGCCUGAAGCUGCACUGCGUGAGGCCGAAUGGUCAAUACGAUGGCUCGGCUGAUUCUCAGCCCUACGAGACGCCGCGCGCCGAUUACGAGACAGGUCCAAUGCCUGAUGAUUUUAGGCAAAUGUCUUCGCAGUCUAUGAUGGGUGGGCAGCCAAAGGCAGGAAUGUAUGCGGCCCCAGGACCAUAUGCCGAGAGCCAUAAUGUCUACCAGGCUGUGCCAUAUCCAGCUCCCCAACCAGGUCAGCACAGCAUGCACUACACUACAAUUCCUCCUGUAGGCGUCCUCGAUCAGUCAUACGCACCUGCCAGCGUCUUUCCUACGCCGCCAAUGCAGCAUCAUCACGCACCACCGCACUCGGAAUCCUCGCCCGAGUCAUACACCACGCAGGAACAUUACCAGAACAGUGAUCUUGCUGAUCUACUUGGCUCUCUCAAGAUGGACGAGAAGGGAACUGCGCCGUAUCUUGACAAGGGACUUGCUGUGAGGAAUGUCGAUGACGAUGAGCCGGUCACCGAAGAUGCCGAUGAAUUCAAGGUUUCGUUACCCAUGAGUUCCAUGCCCGGCUCCAAGAUCCGCAUCCCACCGGAGUUGAUGCCCGAUGAGGAAACCAUUCUGCAUUAUUUCGACUUGUACUUUGCAAACGUGCAUCCCUAUGUGCCUGUCCUCAACAAGGCUCAGUUCUACCAGCAGUGGCACACGAACCGAGAGUCCAUCUCCCCGCUAAUCCUUGAAGCUAUUUUUGCCGUUGCCGGUCGCCUCGCUGAUGAGCCGGCUCUGGGUCAACAAUGGAUUGCACUGGCUACGAAACAUGCCGACGCAUUCAUGGACGUGCCAAGGUUGAGCACGCUACAGGCGCUCCUCAUCAUUCUGAAGGCCCGCGAAGCUUCACCCAAGAAGGGAUAUUAUUUCCGGUCAUGGACGUCUAUUGUCAACUGUGUCACCAUGGGCAAGGAUCUCGGCCUCGAUGAACACUAUGAAGAUCACCAGGCUGGCAAGUCCUGCGGCUCUAGCGCUGCUGACUGCCUGACCAAGACCCGUAUCUGGCAGACUAUUUUCAUCUGUGAGCUGAUGAUUGGUAGUCCCCAAGGUCGCCACGAUCUUUCGGUCGAUUUGGAAUCUUUGGACUUUAGUGUUCCCCGGCCCAUGCCAGGUGGUGACGAUGCCGAGUAUCACGUUACGCGCAACUUCACCUACUUUGCCCGCGUAGUGCGUAGCGUCAGGCGGAUGAACAACGUCUACGGCAGAAUCAAGAGGAGAAAGGACUGGGGCCUCGACCCAGAAUUCGUGCAGCUCAACCCUUCUAUGAACUCAUGGCUAAGUGAUCUACCCGCUGACCUUUCGGUCACCUUUCCUCCGGAUGGCUCCCCUCCGUGGCUUCCUUCUCAUUUCAUCGGGAACUUGCACUCGUAUUAUUACCUGUCUGUUCUUAUGCUCCAUCGCCCACAACUCAACUUCCUGGACCCCAAUAGCCAGGACGGGCAAUGGAAAUCUCACAUGAUCCUCUGCCUUUCAUCCGCAAAGUUGUUGUGUCGAUUGGAGGAGGCCAUGUUGCAGUCUUUUGGACUGAGCGGAUUGCAAUGCAUGCAGCGUGGCAUUAGUUUCACCAUCUAUGCAAUCCUGACGUGUAUCCCGCUCUAUCUUGUUGCCUUGACGUCUCCGGAUCCGGAUUUGAACGUGGAUGCCAGGGACUACUUUACACGGCACAUGCGUAUCUUGGAAAAGACUAUGGGAUCCUGGCCAAUGCCGGAGAUGGUCAAGCAGAUUGAUGCCGUCCGGGAGGCCUUUUCUGCCGACCUGAGGAAGCCGUUUGUCCUAAAGCCCAGUUUCCCAUAUGGCAGCCCUGCGCACAGCCACAGCACACCGCCCCGGGUUAACAUUAAGCCUCCGAUGCUGCGGACAAGCUCAGUGGACCAAGUCAGUUAUACCAGUCACCCCAUAACUCCGCCCAUUUCAGCUGGUCCUGUGGACAACAAGAGUGACUCUUCUCCUGCUAUACAGUCGCUCGUCAUGAUGGCAUCCGGCCAGAAUUCCCAGGCUCCCUCACUGCCACAUGGAAUUUCAAUGGCCGAACCACCAACCUGGAACCCGUCACGGAUUUUUGAUCAGUGGAACUCCACAUUUGGUACGCCCCAGCCAACCUCAGUGCCCCCUCAGUCCAAUUCCCUAAGUGUUCCUCCAUCUUCAGGUACCCCGGAAGUCCCAUCCAUCCAGGCUCUUCAGAGUGCAAACGCCGCUCUCCCAUCCGGUCAGCCAAUGCCCCCUCAGCAAUACUCGGCAGCUCCGGUGCAGUCAUUUGUAACUCCCGCCAUGUGGCAGGAGUCUGUGGCCAGUGUAUACGAGGGUGGUCUCAAGAGGCAUUGGGAUGCUCGAUGA